AUGAUAGCUUCUGAAUCAACUUUACGAAUUAAAGAGAAAAAACAUUUUGAGGCCAAAAAGGCCAGAUUGGAGUCCAGUUCACAUUCAGGCCUUCCUAUCACCACCACCUCUUCCGCUACCCUUUCUGAGCCUCGACUAUCAGCUAUACUUCCCGCUGUAGUGACCUGUAGUCGUCCACAUCUUGUGCCUGCGUGGACUGUCCACUUACUGAGAAAUCCUCUGCUUAGAUGGUUUAGCCAAACAUGGAUUGCCUCGCAACGCCCCCUUGACCGGUCUUUGAAGGCAGCAGUCAUUUCCAAAGUUGAGGAUGAUGACUGGGUUAACUUUCAAUCGCAUCUGAAGCGAGUCGACAGCAUAACGUCGGGUCUCCCUUUAGUUCAUGUAUCUGUCGAGCCUGAGCUUGCCAUGGCUCAGCCCGCCACCUCUGAAUUCGCUACGGGGAAUGGAACUCCCGCCAAAAUCACAGAGGGUUCAGUCUGUCGGGUGCUCAUUGAUCUGGCUAGCAUUGAGCAAGUGAUUCAUUUAUGUACUUUAUUUUUUCAUUGA